AUGAGAGAAUAUUCAGAUAUUAUUAAUAGUGGUGUAAAUAGAGGUGAUAGAUUACUUCAUAAUUUUUUCAACUCAAUAAAUUAUCAAUCAAAUUAUAUGGUUGAUAGAGUUGAAAGAGCUUUUGGUGGUAGUAAAUUAGCUGGUGACGUUUUCAAGAUUACUGCUGGUGUUGGUUUACCAUUAGCUUUAGGUUAUGGAAUUCAUCGUUACAUUUCUCAAAGACCAAAAUUAAAAGAAAAAAUUCCAUGGGGUCAAUUAAGAAAUGGUGGUAAUGUUAUCUCUCGUGUUUUAAAUAAUCAUAAUAUUAAGUUUGCAUUUUCAUUAAGUGAAUUACAAGAUAUUAAAACAAUUAAUGAAUGCAGUUUAGAAAAUAAAAUGAAAGUUAUUCAAAUGAAAAAUUAUAAUAAUGCAAUUGUUGCUGCUGGUGGUGUUUUUAGAAUGACUGGUCAAAUCGGUGUAGUUUUUGUAAAUGGUGGUCCAGAAAUUAUUUCAAUGAUUAAUGGUAUAGUAAAUGCAAAAGUUGAUAACAUUCCAUUAGUUGUUAUUGCAAUUAAUCCAAUUAUUGGUGAACAAGAUUUUGAUAAAAAAUUAUUAAAUAAUUAUUUUAAAUAUAUUACUGAAGUAACAAAUAUUAAUGAAAUUUCACAAGUAUUAGAAGAUUCAUUUGCAAAAUCAGUAGAGAGUGAAAAUUCAAGUUCAGUUUUAAUUGAAAUUUCACAAUCAUUAUUAUUACCAGAAGAGGAAACUAAAGAAUAUUUAGAGAAUUUCCAAAAAUCAAGAUGGUAUAUUAAUAAACUUUGGGAUGAAAUUAGUGGUAGAACAUUUAAAUAUCCAUCUGAAACCACUGAAAUUAGUUUCCAUUAUCCAAGAUUACGUAUGGUUGAAAGUCCAAAGAAUAAACAUGUUGAAAAUGUUAUGAAUCAUUUGGUAAAUGCAAAAUAUCCAAUUUUAGUAAUUGGUGAUCAAUGUUUAGUAUCAAACAAUAUUAAUAAUAAAGAUUUAAAUUUGGAAAGUUUGAAAUUAUCCAUUCAAUUAUUAGGUGUGCCAACAUUUUUAAACGGAUUUUCAAAAUGUCUUGGAACAAUGGGUAUUAAUAACAUUGUUAAUGAUAGUAUGGAAUAUGCAUUGGGACGUUGUGAUCUUUUAAUUAGUAUGGGUAUUUCAUCACCAAGUUUCAUCAAUGAUUUAAAUAUCGAUACAUUGAAAACCAAGGUUUAUUCUAUUAUGGAAUUCUCACAACCAGCUAGUUUUUCAAAUAAAUUUGGUUUUGAUCUCGUUGAAAGACAUGCUUGUGAUCCAAGUGCAUUCUUAUUACAUCUAGGUUUUAUUUUCCCAAAAUCUCAUUCAAACAAAUGGAAUAAAUGGUUAUAUGAUUUACAAGAGAAAGAUUCAAUUGGUUUAUUAAUAAAUGAAAAGAAAUCUGAUAUUAAAGUUGACAAUGUUAAUCCAUUUAUGUUGAUUAGAUCAUUGAAAGAUACAUUCAAAAGAUUGGAAAAACCACCAGUAAUCGUUAGUGAUAAAGGUGAAUUUUGUGAUGUUGCAAACACAACUUUGGGUGGAAGCGUACUUUCAUUAAUUCAACCAAGUAAAUUCUCCUCUCACAGUAGUUCAAUUGGUUUGGCAAUCGCUUCAAAGCUAUGUUUCCCUGAAACUGAUGUUUACAUGUUAACUGAUAACAUUUCAAUUAUUAACUGUGUUCAAGAAUUUGGUACUCUAUCAUACUACCGUUUACCAAUUAAUAUCAUUGUUGCUAAUAAUGAAAAACAUUCAAUCAUUAAUCCAUUAGGUCGUGAUAUUGUAAACUUACAAAACCAACAACCAAAGAAUUUAAUGGAUAAUCAAUCAAAGAAUCAUGAAGCUCCAAGAACUGCUUUCCAUAAGAUUAUGAACGCCUAUGGUGGUAAUGGUUUUAUUAUUAAUAAAGAUCAUGGUUCAAAAGAUGAUAUUGAAAAUAUCAUUUUAGAUGGUCGUGAAAAAUCAAUUAAUACUCAUCGUCCAGUUUUGUUCAAUAUUUGGACUGAUAUUCCAAAACAAAGUGGUAUUGGUGGUGGUGCAAUGUAG